AUGAAGGAACAUGUAGAAUUAGAUGGAAGACGACUGAGAAGGCUUGUGAACGAAACCAGAAGAUAUGAGGAAAGACUUCGCCAUAUGCGCAGGAGACAGAAAACGCUGGAAUCAGACUUAGAAAGGCGUUUGGAAAUUGAAAAAUCCGGAACACCAAAUGUUGACAUCGAAGUUUUGCGACAGCUUGAGAAGCCGCUGGACUACGAAAUCGAAACCGCUCAACAGUUCCAAGCCAGAAUGGCGCAUGUGCGUGGUUUGAUGAGUGAACUCCUCGUCAGAACAAAUCUUAACGAAUGGGCUGCACAUACCGAAAUGGCCGAACAAGAAAGUGAGGUUGUGGCGAAGAUGAGAGAUGCAUGCAAAGCCAGAGAAAUAUUGAGAGAAGCACUUUUGGAGAGCAAAACGAAAGCUGAAAAAGCGAUGGCUGAGAGAAAGAAUCGAUACGAAGAACUUCAAAGACUCGAAGCAGAACUGGAUGUGUGCUCAGCAGAAACAUGGCUUGCAAUAACAGAGAAAAAUAGGCUUAGCGACCGUCUAGCGAUACUGUGCAGAGAACCGCUUUUAACGCCUUGUGAAAGAAGUAAAAAAGCGAAGGAAGAAGAGCAGCAACAAGAAAAUAGGGAUAUGAGUGAAACAGAAAACAACAUUGACAUCGAUCUCGAAGUCAAUUCAAGACUUCAGUUCCCUAACACUAGCUCAGGACGGUCAAUGACUGAUGAGCGAAGAUCCCGGCACAGCUCGGACUUUUCCAUUUCAGGAUCGUCGAGCCAUGGCCAGAAUAACGAAGACAUUAUUCUCCCUAUCAACAUAAUGAACACUAUAAAGAAGGCCAUUCGGGAUUCGAUGGGCUUGGAUGUGAAAUUUGAUUAG